GGAGAUCUAGAGAAUUGAAAGAAUUAAAAACUUCUAAUUUCUAGGGAGAUUACUAUUCAUAUCAACAGUUUUAUCCAUGGUUGAACUAGAUCGAUGUUGAAAUUGUUAUUAACUUGCUGAGAGAGUGUUGAAUCUACGAAUGCGAAGGGGGGGGAGACGUUAAGAGUGAAAUAGAGAAGUGGGGGCUGAUUUUGAUAUUUAUUUAUAUAAAAUUAAGUGUUUAUGUUGAGAUUGGCCACUUAGGCAAUAAGAAGCAUGGUGCAAAUUAUGCCAGUUAUUCGGCCUAUUCAACUUUGUUAGAAGCCUGUGCAAUUUUUUGGAUUGGCGAGGUUAUUUAAAUAAACUCGUAUCAGUGGGCAGGCUAGAUCUAAGACGAAGUCGUCGGGAUCGAGUUGGAAGAAGAGGAUUAGGAGUCAGAACAGAUUAUAUAAGAUUGGGAAUCACAAGGGGUUGAUGAAGAGGGUGAAGAUUGUGGGUCCGAGGAGGGCGAGAAGACUGAAGUUCAAGUCUCCAGGGUCUAGGCAUUUGAAUCGAAAUUGUUCGAAGGCGAAUUUGAGGAGGAAAAGGCGAACUCGAUACAUAAGUGAUGUUGAUAUGCCGAGGAUGAGGAAGUUGUUGCCGUUGAUGAAGAGGCAGAAAUGCAAAAGGGGAUCUUGAGUAUAUAAAAAGAAGGGAGAAGCAAUAAUAUUUUAUUUCAAAUAUAUUA